CAUUAGCAUUUGUUUGCAGCCUUUCAAUUACUUCAUUGCUGGUAAAUCAGCUUCUAAAAAGUUUUCACCAAACAAAGACAUAGGAGCCUUUACCAUGGAGCGCGAGCAGGCGAGCUCUCCUCAGCUUUGCGAGACGGGCUGUGGCUUUUUUGCGAACGUUGGUUGUGGAGGUCUCUGUAGCAAGUGCCAUCGCGAGCUGGCACGAGCCGCUGCUGCUUCGCAACCAAAGCCCGCUGUGGAGCAGUCCUUUGCCAAGCCAGCGCAAGAAACGCAGCCAGUAAGUGAGCCUGGGGCGUCGCCAGCACCCGAGGCGAGCACCAGCAGUUCCUCGGAUGCGGCCCCCAAGAUGGCGACGCGGUGCCUGGAAUGUAAGAAAAAGGUUGGACUGACCGGCUUUAAGUGCAAAUGUGGAAAUAUCUUCUGCGGGCAGCACCGGUAUGCAGAGAGCCACGACUGCCCCUUUGACUACAAAGGCGUUCACAAGGAGAAGCUUGCUAGCAGCAACCCGGUGGUGCAAGCGAGCAAGGUCCAGAAGAUUUGAUUGUACCGUAGUCAAGUAGUAUGUCUUGCUGGAGCGAGAGUGUCGGACAUAUACAGUGCGCAUGUCAUUAUCGGCAUGUCGUUGGUAUGUCGAGUGCAGGCCUUACCCAGUGUAAUAGUUGUAUCGGGGCAUUUGCAGCGUGCUUGGGCCAUUUGCAAGAUCAUUACUCUAGAAAGGGUCGACUAUGUUGAUGCAUGGAUUAGUGGCUGGCACGGUGUGAAGGGUGGCCACGUUCUGAUUUGCGUGAGUAAGAAACGCUGACACUUGAUUGUACUGUUGACUUUCAAUUCAGGUUCCGUGUUUGUUGAACACUAGUGUGUUAUUAUCACACAUGUGGGAUGGCAAGAGGUGUAUCCGUACGUGAACAUACCUAUUCCAGGCAUGUGUAUCUCACACGGACACGGCGGCUUUGCAAUCUGGAGAAUGAUUUAACUUGUAGCUAAUCAUGGCGACAUAUU